AUGGACUGGUUCUCCUGGUUAUCCAGGACCAGCCUAGAACCUUCCCUCAUCUACGAGUAUGGCCUUGCCUUCGCUCGCAAUGAGCUUCAGUUAGAAGAUGCCAUCUACUUCAACCACGAGUUUCUUCAGAGCAUGGGCAUUUCCAUCGCCAAACACAGGCUAGAAAUCCUCAAGCUGGCCAAAAAAGAAGAUGGGGUAGUGAAAAGCAGCAGCAGCAGCAGCAACAAGUUUUCUGGGGUCAUCAAGAAGUGCCUUAAGAAGUGCUUCAGCAAGCUGGUUUCGCGUGAAGAUCACCAAGAAGCGAUGAUGAUGAUGAUGAAGGAGAUGCCACCAGAGCCAAACUGGUACCAAGGGAAGUGGAGAAGGGCCAGACAUAACAACGAGGAAAUCAAGGGCGAGAAUAAGGGAGUGCAGAGAAGCAGGAACAUUGCACUGUCAGGGCCUUUGGAUGGCACAAAUGGAAGAAUAGUGCAUGAGAAGAUGGUGAACAACAGCAAGGUGAUGAAGUUGUCUGGUCCUCUCGAUGGGAAGGUGAACGGCAAUGAGAGAGUGGCGUUUGCAAAUGCAAAUAGAAGUCCAAUAAUGAGUGCUACUCCUACUAGGACUCUUGAUGGAAGGUUCAUUGGCACAGCAAAGAGUCCAAGGGUUUCUGGUCCACUUGAUGCAAGACCAGUCCUUUGUAAUAGGAGUCCUAGGUUACCUAGGCCUUUAGAUGAAAGGGCUGAGAGCCCAAUGGGGUACAGUCCCUACAAUAAGGUCAGAGCUGAUGCUGAUUAUGAUGAUGAUUAUGCAAUGUGGCCUUCAUUGUUUGAGGAUCUUAAACCAACAUAA